AGAGGUUGAAAUGUGUGUGUCAGGUUUGUUUACAGGCAUUUGAGAGGUUUUCAGGGAAGAAGACAUGCCCCCUGUGUCGGAAAGAGCUGUAUGAGACGAGAGACAUACAUGAUGGGGCGCGGCUGUACAAAACCAAGUGUGCAACUAGAAUUCAAGCAUGCUGGCGUGCAUAUAUUGUACGUAAAUGGUAUUCACACUUGAGAAAAACAGUACCACCGAAAGAUACAAAAUUAAGAAGAAACUUCUUUGAACAAAAACUUCAGGAAAUGAACGAUAGCUUUUUAAAGUCGUGUGAUACCAACAUUGAUGAGUUCUUCUCUGAAAUAGACGACUCUGUGGCAUCAAGUAAAGGUGUUCUGCUCCAGUUUGAGAAAGAGUGUGGGUCGGAAAUCUCUGAGGAAACAUGGGAGGAAAUACAGCUAAAGGCUGUAUUGCGGGAGACCAGUGAUUGCCCGAUUUGUAUUACCCCACUGUGUCACAUCAGCAGCAUCUUACACCCAACUACAUCUGGUGAUAAUGAUACACACCUUUCUUUGCGACAGACUGUGCUUUUAUCUUGCUCACACAUUUUCCACCACAACUGUCUAAAGGCCUUUGAAGACUUCUGUGUAGACGAGAGGCAUAUCUGCCCUUUAUGCAGGUCUUCGUACCAGAAAAGGAUUCUCUGAAAGUAGGAACUACUGCUUUAUAAACAAGGUAUUCCUAAAGCAAA